AUGGGCAAAUCUCUAAUCAAUUCUUGUUUUCCAAUAAUCCGUAGACGCCAAGCAACCGUGAUCACGCUUGUUUUCUUUGAUCAUGGAUCAACCAAAACCUUAUGUGGUUCCAAGAAACAUGUUGCUGGAGAAAUCAUGUUUGAGUUUCCUGAUCAAAUCGUGAGCCACGCAGAUUCUUUCUUCAUAGGUCGUCCGAUUCAAGCUCUAGCCAUGGAGGACCAUCUAAUCCCAGGUCAAACCUAUUUUGUCUUACCUAUCGAACGUUUCGCUUACCGAAUCUUAACCACUUCGUGUCUCUCGAUGUUCCACUCUAAUCUUGAAAAUGUCCGGUCUAAUAACAAUCCGCCGUUGAAUUUCACUGCACCGUCGAGUCCACCACCGUUUGAGUAUUCUAAAGGACCAAACGGGAAGAUUCUGAUCAAAGUUUGUCCGGAAUUUAUCAUUAGUCUUAUAUGUAAGAACAGAAACAAGAGCGUAGAAGAAGUAAUAAGUUGUGUUGAAAUCAAUGAGAUUUGUAAUUCUCCUGAGUUAAAGAAGCAAUAUGAUCAGCUCGUUGGAACGAGAGAGCACUUAUGGUCGCCAAAGUUGCAGACGAUCUCCGAGCAUGAGAUUAGGGUUUCUCCAAUUUUAAGAUUAUUGGGACUUAGUCGGAUGUAA